AUUCGGCAAGAGGUACUUACACGUACUGAUCAUUUUGAAAAUGGCGAAUGAAAGUGAAUGUGAUGUAGCAGUGAAUAUCGAUGAGUCCGUCCAGAGAAGGCUGUGUUCUUCGGAUCAGUCAUGGGGAAUCUUUUUAGGAGGCUUAGAAAAAGAUAAUUUUGAUAUUGUGAGUGUCGUUAACUGUCAAAAUAUUGAUAUUCAGAACCCAGCAACUGUAAAGUCAAUCCACUAUCACCAUGAGGCCGCAAAUCAUGAUGUACCCUGUGCAAUUGAGCAAGAAAUAAAUCAAAUCCUGGUAAGCAUUCCUACAGGCUUCGGCAUAGUAGGUAUCUACUAUUUCCAGGACGAAAUCAAAGAGCCCCUUUGUAGAUUAGCCAAGCAUAUUCUAGUUCCACAGAUUCCAAAAGUUUUAAAUGGUGAAACUGAAAAAGUUAUUGUCUGCAAAGUCACAAAGGAUGGUCACUUUGAAGUGGAGUUUUUGAGCUGCUGUAAUGAUCCUGAUGUUGAAAAUGAAAAGACUGUGUUUUCUGUUCAUGUUGGUAAAACAGUAGCUACAGAUUUCCUUGACAAGAAGCUUCAUUUUCGUCUCCGAUGUAGCCUGCCUUGUCAACUGAACUUGACCGAUAUUGAUGCUAGUAUUUUUCAGGAGCAAAAUAGAAUACUUUCAAAGCUGGCGGACAAUGAAAUAUUGUUGACAUCCAAGGGGGAGAACAGAAAACUCAUUAAGAAUAAUACUGCUCUUGAUAUCAAAUUUAGUGACUUUUUCAAGACAGACAUCAUAGCACAAAGAAAUGGGCUAAUAGAUCUUGAUAUGAUGCUAAGCAUGUCUUCAAAUUGCAGUAGAGAUUCGGAGGCUGUUUCCCCAAUUUUAAUGUUUAAUUCAUCAGUAGAUGAGGUUUUAAAAUUUGAUCUGACCAUGGAUAUCAUCAUCAUGGUUGAUAAAUCAGAACAAGUAGAAUCAUUGAUACAUUUGGCUCUUGAAGGUCUAUCUGUACAAGCCAAAGGACUGCUUUUUGCUAUGAAAAGGUAUAAGGAGAAGUUUGAUUUUUGUCAAUUAAAGACCUUUCACUUCCAUCCCCACGACCUGUGCCACUAUGUAACACUGAUUUAUCCAGUCAAGAGUCUCAAUGGGUCAGAUAUCCCAGAAGAAAAGUUGCUAGAUCUUAGAAAAAGCUAUCACAAUUCAUUUAUACUACCAACUGAUAGGCCACUUUUUAAGACGAUUCAAAACUGUUAUGAGGCUACAAAUUUAGGCUUCCUGAUUAACCCACACCAAGGAUUGAGGUCUGGCAUUGAAGGUGGAAUUUGUGCAGUGGUCAAAGGAAAAUAUGCAUAUCAUCACUACAUGCAAGAUCGUUUUGACGAUAAUGGCUGGGGCUGUGCCUACCGCUCAUUGCAAACAUUAUGCUCUUGGUUUAGACUCCAAGGCUAUACCAAAAGAAGUGUUCCAUCACACAAGGAAGUCCAAGAUGUGCUAGUUUCAGUAGGUGAUAAACCAAAGAACUUUAGUGGAUCAAGACAAUGGAUUGGGUCAUUUGAAGUAGGAAUAUGCCUUCAAGAGCUAAUCAAUGUACAGUCAAAGAUUUUACAUGUGUCAACUGGUGCAGAAAUGGCUUGUAAAGGAAGAGAGCUUAUUGAACACUUUGAAGAGCAAGGGACACCAGUUAUGAUUGGAGGUGGUGUUCUGGCACAUACCAUAUUAGGUGUACAUUUCAAUGAAUCUACUGGCCAAAUCAGAUUCCUCAUUCUUGAUCCACAUUACACUGGUCAUGAGGACCUUAAAACUGUCACAAGCAAAGGCUGGUGUGGUUGGAAGGGCCCAGAUUUUUGGGAUCAAGUGGCACAUUAUAAUAUGUGCCUACCACAAAGACCAAUAAUGAUUUAAUUUAAAAUAUUUGUUGAUCUUCUUACAAUGUCAUGCACUUGGAAUUUGAAAUAUUUAAACCAUGUUCAAUUUUGAAAUGUUCCUUGAUGCCA